CCGAACCGCGCCGCCGGCAGACGGGGGGACACACAGCCGCACGGCCCCAGCCCCAGCUCCAGCUCCGGGACGCGGCCUCAGCAACGGGGACACCGGGACACGGCCUCAGUAACGGGACACGGGGGCCAGGACGCCAGCCUCAUCUGGAGACGGGGACACCGGGAUACGGCACCAGCAGCAGCCGCCAACUACAACAUCAUAGCAACGGCGCCCAAAGAUGUCCUACUACAGCGUGAGUGUCUUUGAAGAUGAAAAUAUUAACCUCAGACAGCAGAAGUUGGAGAAACAGCGUGCAUUGCUGGAACAAAAGCAGAGGAAGAAACGCCAGGACCUUCUCAUGGUUCAGCCCAACCAUGAAGCCAAGCCACGGAGGUUGAAGCCAAAGCGUUGUGAGGAGCAAUCCCAAUUAGUAGAGUCCCUGAACAACAUCACCACCCACAGGAUACUAGAUGCGGAAGGAGAUAGAAAGAAACCCGACGUGGGACUUCCUCUUGAAAAAUCCUUACGGCCAGACAGAAGGAAAAAUGUGCGAGGAGGUAACAAAUUGGACAGAGAUAUCGAAAGGGACAAAGGCGAACCAGAUAUUGAUGGGCCAGGAUUCUUAAUGAACAAUGAUGUGCACGAUGUUGGCAACAGACUCCAAACCCUUUCUGUUGGUGAUUCAAUGUCAGCAAGUCAUGAUGUUGAAGCACUUUUGGAACCUACAACAAAAACAGAAAUCCAAGAAAUAAUGGAACAAAGAGGAAUCUCUGGAAGCAUGAACUUCGAAGAAGACGAUGAAGGGGAGAAUGAUAAUACUUCGGGCUCUCAGAGUUAUGAAAACGUCAGGCCCUCGUCUGCCAGCAGUAAACAGUCCAUCAAGGAACCAACUGCUGCCACUCUCCCUUCUCCUGGAUCUGGCUUAAACUUGGAUGUGGACAACUUGGAGGAAUUUGCACUAAGACCUGCCCCCCGGGGAAUAACGAUCCAGUGCAGGAUCACCCGGGACAAGAAGGGAGUGGACCGUGGUCUGUACCCAACCUACUUCAUGCACCUCGAGCGGGACGAUGGCAAGAAGGUGUUUUUAUUAGCUGGAAGAAAAAGAAAAAAAAGCAAAACGUCCAAUUAUUUAAUAUCGGUUGAUGCAACCGACUUAUCGCGGGAAGCUGAGAGCUACAUAGGGAAAUUAAGGUCAAAUUUAAUGGGAACCAAGUUUACAAUCUAUGAUAAUGGCGUCAAUCCAGCUAAGGCAGUUGGAUUACUUGACGAAGCCAAUACCAGGCAAGAAUUAGCUGCGAUUUGUUAUGAGACCAAUGUCCUUGGGUUUAAAGGCCCACGGAAAAUGACGGUUGUCAUUCCAGGGAUGAGCAUGAAUCAUGAGCGAGUCCCGAUCAAACCUCGUAAUGAACAUGAAAGUUUACUGUUAAUGUGGCAGAACAGGAAUAUGGAAAACCUAAUCGAGCUGCAUAACAAGGUGCCGGUUUGGAACGAUGAUACUCAGUCCUACGUGCUGAAUUUCCACGGGAGAGUCACGCAGGCAUCUGUCAAGAACUUUCAGAUUGUUCACGACAAUGAUCCUGAUUACAUUGUGAUGCAGUUUGGACGCGUGGCAGAAGAUGUCUUUACACUGGACUACAAUUAUCCCAUGUGUGCACUGCAGGCCUUUGCAAUCGGCUUGUCCAGUUUUGACAGUAAAUUAGCGUGCGAAUGACAACAUCAGUGGAUUACAGAAGGACACAAAGGGACAUAUCUCUGAAGCAGCCUCACAAAGGACUAUGGAUUUGUUGCAAUCAUGCAAGUAGAUUUACUAUGGACUUGGUUUAAAUCAAAAAUAGAUUAAAAAAAACAAUAAAAAAUCUCCGAAUAUCAGAAAUAUAUUCCCAAGUGGCCUAGCAAUCAUGGCAGUUUGAUUAUGCUAUUAAUGCACUGUAUUUUACAUUGCUGUACUUGAAUAAGAUAUUUUGCCAAAUUGUCAUGUGGAUCAAAAUAUCACUGUUCAUGUUUGCCCACAGAAACAAAAUGGGAGCUAUCUUAAAAAGUAGGAUCCAAUUUGGCAUUAGGUGAAACAGGCAGCACUCCUUUAAAUUAUGUCACAAACAAAUGGCCGGAAUGACGAUGCUUGAAGAUCCUAUUUUGAUCCACAGAGCCUUAUUUACCCUAGUUUCAUCAAAGGCAGUAUUACAUUGCCGGAUCUCCGUUCCAAAGACAUCAGUGCUUCCCAAUACCUCGUUCAAUUAGUCGUUCCUCAGGUUGCCCAGAGCUGGUAAAUUGAGCCGCCUUUUCAUUCGGCACCCACAGGAAAACACUACUGGCGAAGAGGUGGAUGUUAAUUAACAGGAUGAAGAGUCCUGGCGUAACAUAACAGGGAUAUCCCGCCCGAUAGCUGAGCAUGUCAAGGUUCUUUCCGUUCCGACACCUUGAGAAUUUGUUUUUCCACAUCACAUGUUCCAUAUAACUGCAAGUUGGUGUGGCACAGUAUGUGGCUACGUUUCCACAUUGAGGCACAAUACUUGCUGCACAGCUUUCCAAGAGAGGCAUCUGAUUAUCAGUUCUGCUCCCCAUGUUGUAGCCGGAAUGGUACCCAGUUAAACACUCAGACGCAGAAAAUGAGGCUGGUUUUGAUUAAAUUAAUCUGUACGUGUUAGGGCUUGUGCCUUGCUCUCUGUCUAGUUAUCUACCAUCAGCGUCGAAAAUAAUAGAAACUGACAAUAAUAUUUGGUGUGUUUCGACAGCAGAACACCCAGAAUCAUGUGCUGUUACUUAACUGCCUCUGUGCUCGUGCUAUAUAGAGUUACUCGACGUAUUGCUGCCUCGAAACACAUUCCUGCCAGUGGCCUUUUGUGUUGAACACGAUGUGUUGCCCUCCAAAUGUGUGCAUUAUCUUGUGUGGUCUUCAAUGUUGUCCGCAUGGUCUGCAGAUCUUUUCCCUCUCCCCAUUACCACCAGCUCAAAUAUAGUGUGUGAUUAUAUCCUUACUCUAAUCUCACCGCCACACAGCCCACCCUUCGAUGUCACAUUUGUUUGAUGUGCUGCUGCCUCUUGUGUUUCUCCUCUCCAUGCUUCUGUUUGUACAUUGUCCCCAUAUGACACUAAUAAGUAUAUUCUUUAUUUAUAUAACUUAGGAUUUUGUGGCAAAGAGAAUGCACUUCACGACAUCUUAAAAUGCAGGGUUUUUAUUUUAAAUCCUGAUCAUUUUUAUAAACAUUUCAGCAUUGUUUUUUUAGCCAAAUCUUAGCUGCAGUAAAAUGCCUAUAUUUAACCCAUGACAAUGGUGGAUACCUUUUAUUGCCUGUGUUAUGUCUGCCCUCCAUCCAUACUUGCACACCUCAAUAUGCCAUUGUGAUUUAUACUUUGUCUGGUUUGUAUUCAUUAGUAUCUAUUAUGAAGCCAUUGUGUGAUUUAUUCCAAUGCAAAUUGACUGUGGAAAGUGUAUUUUAUAAAUUAAGCAAAUGUAAA